CGAGCCGAUGCUUCUUCCUUCGCGACGCCGGCGAGCCCACCACCACCCGCGAUGACGACGACGACGACGACGACGACGCCGCCGCCGCCUAUGCCUCCCUCAUCGUCCUCCCUCCGCCACCUGCUCGAGCAGGAGCGCCUCGAGGUUCACUCCCUCGCGGCGCCGCGGAGGGCGCGCUCGGGCAGGCACUGCGAGGAGGGUGGCGGUGGCGGUGGAGAGGAAGAGGAAGGAUGCGAUGGGGGAGGCGCGGCGGUGGGCGCCGUGGUGGCGAUGCUGUCGGGGUACGUGGGGCGGUUCGUGAGGGACGAGGGGUUCAGGCGCGGGCUGCGGGAGAAGUGCGCCGCGUGCCUCGCCCCCGCCGCGUCGCGCCGUGGCGCCGGCCACGCCGUGCUGGCGAACCUCGAGCUGGGGAUCGAGAGCAUCGAGCGCCUCGCCGCGGAGGGCGCCGCGCCGGCCCAGCGCGACGCCAAGAUCCGCUCCCUCCGCAACUCCAUCCGCCUCCUCAGCGUCGUCGCCUCUCUCCACGCGCCGCCGCCGCGCCACGCCGCCGCCGCCCCCGCGGCGGCGGAGGCCCACACCUGCGGCGUCCCCAACUCCCACCUCUCCGCCUGCGCGCAGCUCUACCUCUCCGUCGUCUACAAGAUGGAGCGCAACGACCACGUCUCGGCGCGCCACCUCCUCCAGGUGUUCGUCGACGCGCCCUACCUGGCGCGCAAGAACCUCCUCCCGGACCUCUGGGACCACGUCUUCCUCCCCCACCUGCUCCACCUCAAGGUCUGGUUCACCGGGGAGGCCGACCUCGUCGCCGACUGGGACGCCGACGACCGGAGCCGCCGGAUGAAGAGCCUGCAGAGGCUGUACAACGAUCACCUCAACAAUGGCACGGCUCAGUUCGCCCUCUACUACAAGGAGUGGCUCAAGUCUGGAGCCGAGGCUCCUCCUCCCCCCACCGUGCCAUUGCCCUCCACGCCGGGAGAUUGCGAUGUUUGGGACAAGCAUUCGUCUUCCUUGCGCAGAAGCUCCAUCAACAGAGGCCUGUACAAUGCGGUUUUCGGCACAGCAAUGGAGCUGGGAGAUGUCAAAGAUGCAAAGCUGGAUGAUGAGACCCAAUUGGUUCUUGAGACAGAUGCUGAAUUAAUGGACAAUCCAGGUUGCCUGAAGAUGGGGAAGCUUGCUCAUAGUAACAUGGGGCUCCAAGAAAAGCAUUCAGUUAUUCGAAAAGAUGGCAAUAUUCCAGAAACAGCACCAACACCACGCAAAUCCUAUUCUCUCCGACUAUUCUCAUGUCGUGGAGAUCUAACCAGGAAUGUUAUCAACCACCCUAAGCUACCAAAGAAGGAAGUCGUAUCUGUCGAAAAAGAGGUGGAAAGCAGUGAGGUAAAAAUGACUCUAGAACGAGCAGUUUCAACGGUAUCUAGUUCAGACAGUCUAACACAGUGCGAGUAUGCUGUGCAAGAAGUUGCCAGAGCAUGUUCAAACUUCAGAGAGGAUCCAAACCUUGGAAAUUGGCUGUCAUGUCCAUCCUUUGUUCAAGGGCUUCUCGAGGUCACAUUCACUUCCAAAGAUGAUCUAGUACUUGAAUGUGCAAUCUUGAUAAUGGGAGAAUUGGUUUUGAGCAAUGAGGUGAACAGACAGAUUGUACUUAAUGCAGAUCCACAACUUGAAGUUUUCUUGAGACUUCUGAGAAGCAAAGAGUUGUUCCUGAAGGUGGCCGUAGUUCUUUAUUUGAUGAAGCCUAAAGCUAAGCAAAUGUUGUCAUUGGACUGGAUACCACUUGUACUGCACAUAUUGGAGUGCGGGGAUGAGGUGCAGUUCCUGUCUUCUGUGAAAUGCGCUCCAAAAGUGGCUGCACUAUAUUUACUAGAUCAGCUCCUUAUGGGAUUUGACGUUGAUAGAAAUGUUGAGAAUGCAAAGCAGAUGAUUGCUCUUGGUGGUUUGGACCUUCUCAUGAACAGAAUCGAUGGCAGUGAUUCCCGCGAGAGCAAAAAGUGCAUCUCUCUCUUAAUCUCAUGUAUCCAAGCUGAUGGCAGUUGUCGACACUAUUUGGUUGAAAAACUGAAGAAGGAACCUAUUGUUCAACUUCUUGUAGGAAAUCAGAAGAAGACUAGUGCUGCUGCCCUUAACUUGCUGAGUGAACUAGUCUGCCUUAAUAGAACAACCCAGAUUUUAGAGUUCCUCAAGGAGCUGAAAAAUGGUGGCUGCUUGAAUACAAUGCAUAUUCUAUUGGUCUAUCUCCAACAAGCUCCUAUCUCCCAACAUCCUCUAGCAGCUGUCAUGUUACUCCAGCUUGAUCUCCUGGGAGAUUCUUCGCAGUACAGUGUUUACAGAGAGGAAGCAAUUGACGCUAUGGUGGCAGCUUUGGAGCGUAGUUCACACAGCAGAAAGUUGCAAGAACAGUGUGCUCGAGCUCUCUUACUCUUGGCAGGGAGGUUUUCAUCCUCGGGGGAACCGAUUGCAGAAGCAUGGCUACUAAAGAGAGCAGGCUUAGAUGACUCCCUGUCCGAAUCCUUUCGAAGAACAGAGAUAUUCAAAGAUAAGAGUGCAAGGGUGGAAGAAGAAAAGAUAGUUGAGGAACGUCUGAAGAAACUUGCCCUCAUGUUGCUAAACAGUGGGAACAAAAAGUUCCUCACGGCACUAUCAAACUGCAUAUCUGAUGGAAUCCCUAGUUUGGCCCGAGCGUGCCUCAUCACUGUAACAUGGAUGAGCAGCUCCCUCUCCCCACUGCAUGGGUGCAAUACGUUCCAGCCUUUAGCUUGUUCCAUCCUUGCAACUAAGCUUCUGGAUAGCCUAAGCUAUGACAGAGUUUUGGAAGAGAGGGUGCUUGCUUCACUGUCACUGUUGAACCUUGUGAGACAUCCAGAAUGCUUAGAGAAGCUUUUCCCACUGAAGAAAGACACAAUGGAGUCAUUGCAAGAUCUUGCAGAAGUGACAUGGACUGCAAAGGAGCUUCUUUUUGCAUGCUGUAGAUGACAGCCAUCGGAAGAAGAACAGUUUCUCAAUGUCGAAGAAUAGUAUUUCAAUGUGGAAUUAGUGAUUGCUUAAUUACAAGCAGUGCAAUUUCUCACUGCUGUACACAUUUCUUUUCUUGAUUUGUAAAUCCCUAGAGUUUGUUUUCCCUUGUAAAGAAGUUAUCUGGCAAGUGGCUUGCUUUCAUCUGCUGUACAUUGAGCAAUCAGAUGCUGAAAUCCAAAUCUUUUCUGAUACGCCCGCCUAAGCAAUUCAUCUAUUUUUACUACUCCCUCUGGUUUGUAAUAGCUAACACCGUUACUUUUCGACGUACAUUUAAU